AUGAGAAUUGCAAACGUCCUCCAACUGCCGCUGCUGCUGGCCUCGAGCCUGCUGGCCCCUGUGUCCGCGGAACACACCAGCAACUGGGCGGUCCUCGUCGGGACGUCGCGGUUCUGGUUCAAUUAUCGACAUCUCGCCAAUGUUUUGUCCAUGUACAGGACGGUCAAGCGGUUGGGCAUCCCAGACUCGCAGAUCAUUCUCAUGCUGCCGGACGACAUGGCCUGCAACCCGCGCAACGCCUUCCCCGGCACCGUCUACAGUAACGCCGAUCGAGCCGUCGACUUGUAUGGCGACAACAUCGAGGUGGAUUACAGGGGCUACGAGGUCACAGUUGAGAACUUCAUUCGACUGUUGACCGACCGCGUCGGCGAUGAGAUGCCUAGGAGUAAGAGGCUAUUGACGGACGAUCGGAGCAAUAUCUUUGUCUACAUGACGGGGCACGGCGGCAACGAGUUUCUGAAGUUCCAGGAUGCCGAAGAGAUUGGCGCGUUUGAUUUGGCCGAUGCAUUUGAGCAAAUGUGGGAGAAGAGGAGAUACCACGAGAUCUUGUUCAUGAUCGACACGUGCCAGGCCAAUACCAUGUACAGCAAGCUCUACUCGCCAAACAUUAUUGCUACAGGGUCUUCCGAGCUAGACCAGUCGUCAUACUCACACCACGCCGACAACGAUGUGGGCGUGGCCGUCAUCGACCGCUACACAUACUAUAAUCUGGAGUUCCUUGAGUCUGAGGUCAAGGACCUGAACAGCAAGAAGACCAUUGGCGAUUUGUUUGACAGUUACAGCUACGAGAAGAUUCACUCCCAUGCAGGCGUGCGUUACGAUUUGUUUAGAGACGGCGUUGACGCAGCACGUAGCCGGCUUCUGACCGACUUUCUUGGCAAUGUGCAGAAUGUUGAGAUUGAUGGUACCAGGAACAGCACUGUUGAUGAUGACAUGCUCGCUCUUAGCAGAACCAUUGCCCAGCUCAGGGUGCUUGCCGACGAGCAAGAAGCUGCCGAGAAAAACGCCAGUGAACCCGUCAAGUCGGAAAAGAAGUUUGAAAGAAAAGUUCCUGCAGCCAGACCCCUAGACGAUGGUAAUUGGUGGGCAAAGAAGCUGGUCGGCGCAACUGCACUGGCUGGAUGUAGUGCAUUGUGGGCUCUGGGCUCCUACUUGGAGAAGGCGAGGUAG